UUUGCUCUUUUAGUUUCAUUUUAUUGAAUUAACUAUUGAGAUAAUAUGAAAAAUCAGGCAUUGAUUGACUACUUGGCGGCCUGUGGCGUCUGCCGCGUGUGUCAGCUGCGUUAUUUAAAAGCGCGCGGCAACGAAUAUCGUGACAUGCAGCAAACAUUUAAGCGCCUGGAUGUUGAAGUGUCGGAAUGUGCUGGCGCACAGGACACGCCCGAUGAGCAGCCGCCAAAGAAGCCGCGCUUCAGCAUUUGCUCCACCUGCCUGGGUCUCUUCUCGGAGGAAUUUCAAACUCAACUAAUCGAAGGAAUUCUCAAGUCCGAUUUCGCCAAUUAUGAUAGCGAGGGCAUUGUCCUGGCCAUUAGCCUGCCCAUGACGCUGCAGCUGCGCCAGCUAUCCAUGUGGUUUGCGCUGCAGCGUCAAUUUGGUCGCAGCACCGUGGAUGACAACUGUCCGCCGGAUGUGCCCAUCAAGGAGGCGGUCAAAUUGAUUCUACAUCCCAUAGUGUGCGCCAGGCUGGGCAAGGCGUACGAUGCCAAUGGACUGAUGAUAAACAUCGAUGUGCGGCACAGCGUGGAGGCGGCGGAAGUGGCCAAGCUGGCGGAGCUUAACCGGGCGGCAUUUCCCGCCAAGGCGGCCCACCAGAAACGCAUCGAAAUCUCACGUGGCCUGCUGGAGAAACAAUAUCAGCCGGCGCGCAUAAAGGCCGAACUCUUUGAGAAAUACUUGCCCAUACCACCGACCGCCGUUGAGGACGCACUGCAGCUGCAGGCCAUCGAGCUGACGGGUCCCCUGAUCUGCGUGGCCGGACGCUAUCGCAAGCUCAGUCGAGAGCUCUCGCACACGCCUUGGGUGCUGCACGGCAAGCGCAUUAUGGAGGAGAGCAUUGAGGAGAUAAUUGUGCGGCAUGUGGGGCCGCAUUUCAGCGAGACUCUGGAGAAGAUAACGUUCAUGUCGAGCGGCCGUGAGGAUGUCGAUGUGCGCUGUCUGGGCAAGGGGCGUCCCUUUGUGCUGGAAAUAGCCAAUGCCCGGCGGAGCAGCAUGACGCGCCAGCAGGCCCAUCAAAUGGAACAGGCGGUGGAUCGCACCGGCAAGGUGUCCAUACACAAUCUGCAGGUGGUGCCGCGCGAGCAGCUGACGCACAUUAAAACUGGCGAGGAGCAAAAGCGAAAGUAUUAUCGCGCCUUAUGCGUGCUGGAGCAGCCGGUUACGUUGGAUAUUCUGCAAAAGUUGCAAAUAUCGGAGAGCUUUGAUAUACACCAGAAGACGCCCAUUCGUGUAUUGCAUCGCCGGCCGCUUCACACCCGACCCCGCACAAUAUUCAGUGUAAAGACGCGCGUUUUUCGGGAUAAUCCGCGCCUGCUGAUCAUUGAUGUGGUCAGCCAGGCGGGCACUUAUAUCAAGGAGCUGGUGCAUGGCGAAUUUGGGCGCACGACACCGUCCAUAUCCUCAAUUAUAGGCAAACCCAUUGACAUAUUGGCGUUGGACGUGGUUGGCAUAGACCUGGAUUGGCCAGCGGAUGUAAAUAAUGCGGAAACUGAAUAAACGGCUGUUUUGUUUUGAAUUUUGUGA